UUUCUGAUGGUGUGACAUUGAUUUUUUUGGGGGGUCUCUUCAAACGUGCAUCAUGCUGACUUUUCUUUGGAAAUUUACAGUGUUUUAUGUUUGUUACACCUCUGGGUUUUUAUCUAAUUAUGUCACGUUCGAAGAUGAGGCUAAUAUACCAGCAAUCGCCAAAUAUUUCAACACAAAAGGGAGGUACGAGGAGGUUAACCCGUAUCUCAGAGAGGACAUACUUGCUGUGAACAGAUCUAUUUUACAGCCUCCGUCUGCAGAAUGUCGCCAAAUCCAUCUGACAGCCAUAAUAAGACAUGGCACAAGAUACCCGACGACCAAAAAUAUUAAGGAGAUGCAGCAGCUCUAUAACAUCGUUCUGCACAAUGCCUCAGGAGAACAGAGCUGGCUGCACGAAUUGCAGACCCAGUGGAGGAUGUGGUACACUGAGGAUAUGGACGGACGACUUGUCCAGAAAGGUGUGAAUGAGCUGAAGCAUCUGGCUGUCAGGCUGUCAAAGCUGUUCCCCUCACUGAUUUCAGAGGAGAAACUUCGAGGUGGAUUCAUCAAAUUCAUAACCAGCUCAAAGCACAGGUGUGUCAACAGCACACUGUCCUUCAAGGCAGGACUAACAGAGCUGUGGGAUAUUAAAGAUGUGGAGUUUGAUCACGCGGUGAACGAUGCUCUCAUGAGGUUUUUUGACAAAUGCACCAGGUUUGUGGAGGAAGUUGAUAACAACCCAUCAGCUGUGACAGAGGUGGAGAAGUUCAAGGAAGGGCCAGAGAUGAGGAGGGUCCAGCAGAAGAUCGCAGACAUCCUCAAUGUCCCAUACAGUUCUAUCACAUACGAUGUUGCUGAGGCUGCAUUUUACUUGUGUGCUUACGAAUUUGCAAUUAGGUCAGUGAAGUCCCCCUGGUGUGAGCUCUUUGACGAGGACGAUGCAAAGGUUAUUGAGUAUGCAAGUGACCUAAGGGAAUUCUGGAAAAGAGGCUAUGGUCAUGAUAUUAACAGCAAGGCAAGCUGUAUCCUAUUUCAUGACGUGUUUAGCCGAAUGGACAAGACGGCCACUCAGAAUAAGUUGGGACAGCAGGUGACUGAAGCUGUGACAGUCCAGGUGGGCCAUGCAGACACCCUUCUUCCUCUGCUUACCCUUCUGGGCUUCUUCAAUGACAGCGAACCGCUGACAUCAACCAACUAUGCUGCACAGGCCCAUCGCUCAUUCCGCACCAGUCACAUGUUGCCUUAUGCAGCUAACUUGCUCCUGGUGCUCUCUGACUGUGGGGGAGGUGAUCUCAGACUGCAGCCGCUGCUCAAUGAGAAGCCUGUAACUUUCCCCGGUUUGACUGAUCGGUCUUCCAUGCCGCUCUAUCGAGAUGUCUUAGAGCACUACAAGGAUCUGCUCCAAGGCUGCGACUUUGAAACCGAGUGUCAGCUGUUCAAGCAGCCUGCUGAAGUUUAGGCAGAUAUUAACAGCAGCCUUGUUAUUUCAUUUUUCCACAGUGGAACAAAUGAUAGGCUCCUACAGUAAAAAUGCAACUGGCUGAAAAAGCUUUUAUUUCUGUGUUCCAUCUUGAAGCGAUGACCAUCUUUUCUUAAGCUCUGACAUUAAAAAAAUAAAUGGACAAA